UGUUAAUAAUGCAAUACACGGGUUUCUUAUUAAACUUUGUUUUGAUGCUGUGUUACGAUGCACGAAAAUUACGAGUACACAUUAGUGGUUCAAACCAGUUUCAAAAGUGAAAAAGCCUUUUAUUCUUAUACAAGCUUUUUUAAAUAUUCACGUAAUAUCAAAAACCUAUUUAUUUUUUUAGGAAAGCAACUAAAUAAAUGAAAUAAAUUUACUUUGUGUGAUGGCAUCAUCUUCAACCAAUCAAAAGCAUGUUUAUUAUUUUGCAUUCGGUUCGAAUAUGAAUCCAAAACGAAUGCACGACCGAAAAGCGUACUUUACAGACCGUUGUUUAGCUAAGUUGACUGAUUACGAGUUUGUGCUAAACAAAAAGCGGAUUAAUAAAACUGCCGCUGCAAAUAUUCGCCCAAAGGAGGAGAGUGUUGUUUAUGGCGCUCUGUAUACGUGCACUGAAGAUACGUUGAAAGUUCUUGACAAGUUUGAAGGAGUGAAAAAGAAAAUGUAUUAUCGCGCCAAAAUUACGGUAAAACUUCAAGAUGGUAGCACUUUGGAUGCGAUAACUUACAUUGCGCACGAACACGGGUGCAACAAUGAAUUAAAAUUAGUCGAGCGAGAGUACUUGGAUCAUGUUUUGGGAGGACGAGACAUACUGCCGAAAGAUUAUGUUGGAUUUCUAGAAUCGUUUUCUUCUUGGUGCAGUUCUUGAAUAUUUUAACAAUAUUUUAAUAAAUAUAAACUAUAAUACA